GACAUCACGCUAGCGCCAAAAUCACUUCAUCGAAGUUCCAAGAUGGCAGACGAAUAUGUCGAUGGCGGGCGCCCUCAACAGCAGCAACAAGACGACCACCUGAUCAAAAUCGACUUCGAAUGGAUCAAGACAACAUUUGGCAAGCUACUCAUAGCUGAGUUAUUGUUAUGCUUUCUUUGUGGAGCGUGCGCUUCGUCCGUUGUUUCUUGGGCAAAUUCUGGUUGCCCUGGAAGGAUGGGUUUUCUCGACUUUGUCGCUUGGACAGCCUUCCUGAAUCUGCUGAUCGACCUGAUUCUGCGAAUCUUAGGCUUGUGGAGUCGUAUUCACUGGGUCUUUCAUCAUCCCAUGCUUCAUCUUAUACUGUCUCUUCUCGCUGUUUUGGGCUUUUUGAUCGGUUCGUCGCUUUCUGCUUCCUGUGCAAAGGCUAGUUUAACUCGGAAUCACGGAGCUGCCGCAGCCGGUGCUGUCUUUGGUUUUGUGUGCCUCAUCUUGUUCUCCAUUGAGGCGUUUCUGCAUUUCCGAAGAUACAAGAAUAUGGAGGCCGAGGCGAGACAGCAAACGACAUCUGAUGAGUUUAAAGCAGAUGUCAUUUGAACAACGGUUGACUCAUGUUGCGAUAAAACCGAACCGAAUGGAACGACAUCAAAUGCCUAACGUGGGUUAGGUUCACAGGUUGAAAGUGUCUUCGAGUGGUCUUCAAGAAUCGUUUAUUCGACACGCACGAGAACUGCCUUCCUACUCAUAGAAAAGACUCUUAAUCUAGUAAAUCAGUUUUUCAAAUAUAUUGAUUAUUUAGCAAAUUUAUGUAAGCACUUUAAUUAAAGUUUGUUUCGUGUGCGACGGUAUCCCAUAAGUACCUGUUUUAGGUAUAGGUUUAGGUUAUCUUUAUAAUGAUUGAUCAAGUUUCUACCAAAACCAUGUCUUUAUUUCUAUUAAGGUUGAAUUUUCCAAAAAAUAUUUGAUAUUUGAAUUUUUAGCAAUUAAAGUAUGACAUCACUAGUUAUUUUCCGAUAUUAACAAAUGCCCUAUACUAUGAUGUAUGAUUUUAUUAUUAUAACUUUUUGAGGAUUCUACUUCUCAUUAAUCUAUAGUAACUUUAUCAUAAGAAACAUGUCAAAGCAAGUUAUAAAACACACUUUGUUAUGAGGAUUCUAGGAUUAAAGUGACCUAAACAAAGGCAUCAACCAGUCACAAAAUGUGUUUGUGCUUGGUAUUCAAUAAUUCCAGAGUAGUAGCAAUGGAAUGAGCAAGACAUCAUAGUCCGAACAUGAUGAAAAUUAACUCGGGACUGUAUAUUCUAGUAGCGACCAUUAUUAGAGGAGUUACAGUGCAAAUGACAGUGUCUUCAAUUGACUGCCUGGAGUGUAUCAGAGAAAAUGCAUUUUCAUAUGUCAUUAUCAAAUUUUCAAUGUAAUUCUUUUCUGUU